UGGUUUGUUAAAAGCGAAGAAGGAUCACGAGUGACACUGGUCAGUGUUGAGGUUCGACGUUAAUAAAACUUAUUACGAUAUACGAGAAGGAGAAGAAGUGAGAUUGUGAAAGUGGAGAGAGAAAGAAAGAAUCGUGACUUAUCGUUGAUUACCAACUAGCGUCGCAGGUGCAACCGUUUAAUCUUUGGCGAGACGUAUUGUCAUGAUGUCGUCCACUGGUGAUCCGCCCGAAAAACGAGCGAGAGUGUCGUCAAACAACAAUAAUAAUAAUAAUAACAAUAAUAACAAUUCGUCAUCUUUCGCGUGCAACAGCGAACAGUCAUCUUUAAAUGACAAUUCAGUUUUCUUUUUAAAAGUAGAACGUGUGAACGAAGGAAUGAACUUAUUCGAUUUAAAUUCGAUAAAUACGGAUAAAUACUUCGAUAAAAGGCUUACAAAAUUAUCGAUGCAGCAAAAAACGAUAGUGGAAUCGCGUACUGCUCUGUACAAACAGUUGGCUGAAUUGUCGGCGAGAAGCCAAGCAUGCAAGGAAACGCAGAGUAUUUACGCGAAUUUUAUAAAAGAUAUGAAAUUACAAGAGAACAAGGUUAAAGAAAAGAUUCAUGAAAUACAAGCAGAAUUACUACGAACGAAUCAACAAAUCACACAGAAGGAUGAUGAAUUUUCUUCGAUACAGAAGCAACUUGAUCAAAUCAUGAAUGAAAUGUCAAAAAAGCACAAAUUUGCCAAGAUGUCUUAACAUUAAUACAUCUGACUAACAGUGUGAUACAAAUCGCGGGAGUGUUGCGUCUCAUCAUUUACAUCACAUCCGUCGAUGGCGAAUGCGCUACAGAACAAUAAUGUUGUCACUGCCUGAUCACAAUGGAUCUAAUAAGUUUAUCGAUAGAACGACUAGAGAAAGUAAAAAGAGAUCACGUUAGCGAGGAGACAAUUAUCGAAGAAUCUAUUAAUGAGAACGGCAGGAUCGACGCAAUGAUAUGGUGAAACUGAAAUUUUGGAUAACGAGAGGCAGAAUAAACAGAAGGCGAGUAAAAAUAUCGAUAAAAGCGAUUCAUUUUGGAUACGGAAAACAAAAUAAUAAUUACAACUAAUUGUAGUCGGUUUCUUUUUUUUAAACAGACUAUUAAUAUAAAGUCACUAUAAUAGAUUUAUAAAGUACCGCAAACUCUUCACCAGCUUAUUAAGGUCCAGCUUAUUAAGACUGGUUAAACCAGCAAGAAUAGCAAAAAAAUCAACAAUUAAAUAUAAGAUCAGAGCAUGAAAAAUAUAACCUGAGAACGAAUCAUUCGUUCUCUGACCGUAUUACAAUCUUGACAUGAAUAUUUUACAUCUUCUAUUCUACAUGUUCAUUUUACCAGAGGCUUCACAAGCAUUUUUACACACUCUUCUAAUGUCAACAAGAUCAUAUUAUUACAUUUGACUGGUUUUUAUUAAUAUACGUUCUUUUGAACUCCAAACCAUUAUUUUUACUUUCGAAUUCAAUUCUUUCUUGCCACCGAACGACGAAUUUGUAAUUUACUUUAUUCGAUAACCAACUUUAAUUUUAUGUUACGGACUUCCAAAAAAUAUGUAUUAUAUAUAUGUGUUCAGUUUGAUAUCGCUUCUUCGUUUUGUAAUUUGUAUGCUGUUUUAGUUUUUUCAUUUUAUUUAUAAUUACGAUUAAGCUUCUUAUUUAUAUUUUUUAUUUCAAUGUUUUAAAUUAUUUGACAAUAUAUAUCUAUUACGGCCGUACGUAUAAGUGUUUUACACAUAACGAAUAAGGAAGGUCAAUACCUUCAUACACUCAGGGAAUAGUUUCGCUGUUCCAGCUAGAAUUCUAAGUAUUACACUUAAAAUACAUUGCUGUUUUUUGUAUUUGCUAAAUAAUUGUCUGUUAUACGUAGAUUAUGUAGCAGCAAAAUUCUAAGAAUGUAUGCAUGAAAAUAUAGAUUUCAUAACCAAA